AUGAAAUUUUGCCUGCGCCCACGCCGUCCGACACAGCUGGGCAGCAGGCUUUAUGUCUCUCAUCAUGGCUUUGCACGUUGUCGCUGUGGUCUCCGCCUGACAGAAAUUCUGAAUUGGGGGACUUGUUGUCGGGCGAACACCGGAUCAUGGAAUCGAGCCUUCUCCAGCGGCAGCACUCCACGCCUGGCCACUUACUCCGACCUCUCGAGGUCUGGUCAUGUUUCUCCCCAGACAAGGGAAUCUCCCGCCAGACAGCGCUGUCCAAUUCCUGCGGCACAGAGAAAAGAUCUUGGUGUCUGGAUCCAGCACCUGGAACCAUUCCUCCCCCGUCACUUGCGCGAGAGUGCGUCAGCGAGCCCUGACGAGCCCGAGCCUCCUCAGGCGACAUCAUCACAAGAUACCGCCAAUCAUGAAGGCCUUGCUAUCGCAACUUUGUUGUCACAAGCUCGACGUUUGGAAAACCUCGAUCUCUUGGCGCAUCUUGGAUUCGGACUACGAAGAUGGCCUGCAGUCGACGCACUCACAACCAAGUUGCUCGACGCAACGGAUACAAGCAAGGGACCCUGGCCCAUGAAUCUGGGGCUUCCGUCGAACAUCGAAUGGGGACCUGGGCCGAUGGAUCUGACCACGAAUGAUUCCCUCCGUGACCGUCCAACGGCCUUUCCAGUCAAAUCAUCGACAGAGCGACGCCCUGACACUGCGCCAGUCACCUUGGAUACUCUGGCGGAUGAGCCGCCUGCACAUGCUUCCACUCGGAUGAUCAUGGGUGAGGUUUGGCAGAGCUUGGGAUUCAUUAUCCUUGAAGCUGCAGAUCUGCCUGCAGACGACGCUGCGCCCGCCAUGUCAUUUGUGUAUCGAACCCUUGCACGGCUUCACCAUUCCGCUGCCAUUUCCGAUGUGGUGUAUAAAUAUUCGCGUCCCUUGGAUGAUGAAGCUUCCUUUCGGCCACCGGGGAUGUAUUUACUGUCCACGCACAUUAUGAAUGUUCUAUCUGAUGCUAUGUGGCUGGAGCACGAGGCAGAAGUGUCGGCCAAAGCAGCUGCAGCUGGGGAGAAGUCACCUUAUCGUCCGUUUAAGAUGGGAAUCCGGCACCUGGGACCGGAGAUCUGGUUAGAAUUCGUGCUCUGGUGCUGCGUCGAAGAAGGCCAUGUUAAAGAAGGCGUGUGGAUCUUGGAACAAAUGAAAGCACGGAAGGGUGACUUGGCCUGGAAAGUGGCGAGUUGGAAACCACUUCUUAACCGUCCAGAUUUGAUACGCGAUACGGACAUUGAUACGGAGGACUUCUGGCCGCAUCCAGAGGCAGAACGGACGCAUGGAAAGUCCAAGAGUGCCACGGGCUUCUUUCAUGGGCUGGGGAAACGAACUAUCAGUGUUGAAGUCGUCGCAUCGUUGCUAGACGGAGCUGUGAAUCUAGUGGAUCGGGGAGUCGGGUUUCAAGGAUACCCAUUCCAGCUCGUGCUCCAGUAUCUCGUUUUCCUGAACAACUUGAUUGCACAGUCUACUGGUGGGGACAAACAGGCUUCUGGAAGGCAUUCGUACUGGCCUUUGGUUAGGAUGAUCGAGUCCCAGGGCAUAGAUCCGCAAGCCGACCCACGAGCUUUCGAGCGGCUUCUGAAGGCUCGACCUCCCGUGCUGCCUCCAUGGGAUGAUUCCACGCCAAUUACCUACGAAGAACUGGACGCAUUUACUAAACUACAGCUGUACGAUAGUUCUUCGGCGCUGACAGGCUUGCUGGAGUACAAUCUCCGUGCGUACGCCGCGAAUCGUCAGACUGGCGGUGCCUUUAAUGUUUUUGCAUGGUUGCAAGAGUUAAUCGAUAAGAGCAAGAUACAGCAUAUGCAGCGGUUUUUGGAAGAGAUCAAACACCUGGACGACGCAAAACUUGCACCAGAUCAAGCACCACCUAGCCUAAACCGGUCAUCUAUUCCGCAGCUGUCGAACGUGACCUUCGCCGAACUCCUUGAUUUGGCCACCGUGUCUCGGGCCUUUAGCUUUGGAGAGUGGCUCCUGUUCUCGACUGAUGUGGACGGGCCUUUCAUCCCUCUUGCAGCCUACGGAGACCAGGCGCUGGCGCCAUCUAUCAUGCGGUUUGCUGCAGCGACGCGGAAUACGGAAUUAUGCGACAAGGUGGUUGAAUCCUUAUCUCGCCCGAUCGUGCGCAACACCUUGAAAGCCUUGCUGAACUUUCGGAUCACCAUGGGGGAAUGGGAUCGAGUGGAGACGAUGCUCGGCUAUCUCCGAGAUCACAAGCACAAAUCCUGGGGCGAAAGCAAUGUCACUGCCUUGGCAGCGGCAGUCCUGAGGCUUGACCGAAGCGCUCGAAACAGCACCGGCUCUAAUCAUGAGGCCAAGCGGCGAUCUUUGACCAGAGCAAAGGAGAUCUUGGUACGGGUCUUGAACGGGGAAUUCAACGUGCAACCCAAUCCGGCCAAGAAAUCCCUUUAUCAAGAACGGGCACUGCACCGGUUGCAUCAGGUUUUCUCGUCGAUACCGGGCCCGCUUGAAGAGGUGUGCCGAGCCGCGAAGCUCCAGUACCAACCCGCAUCGUCUCGCGACCUCCUGCCUUACAUUCCGUCCGUCGCUUUCCACAAUCUUCUCGACGCGGUCGUCGACCUCUACGGCAGCGCUGCCGGUAAGCGACUCUGGGAACGCUGGUGCCUCGACCACGUCUCCCCCGAGACGGGACGUCUGACGGACAGCGGCGUCUUCCGGCUCUACACCUCCAAGGACCGCAACCUCGACCAAGGCGACCCACACUUCGACGUCACCUGGUUCAGGCAAAUGCACAAGAAGGCUGUCAUCCCGAACCUGAACACAGUCCGUAUCAUCGCGCGCGCCGCCGUCAAGGAGUAUCGACAAUGUCAAUCCGGGAAAGCGACCCCUCCUCCUAGGGAUUCCCUACCAACCGCUCUGCCAGCACGGGAGGAUGGUAGUAAUGAUGGAGACGUGGAGACAGCCGAAGAAGUCUUGGAUUUCUGCGUGGAGCGGUACCGCCGUCUGCGGCUCGACGAGAAGGAGAUCGAUCGUGAAGUCCAGGGCCACCUGAGUCGAAUGUUGAAGCGACAGCAACAGCAGCAAUCCGCACAUCGGACAAGAGACAACAGUAACUCAUCAAGCUAG